AUGAACGCAGGAAAAAGGUUUAUAAUAAAUAAAUGCAUUUUUCUCCUUUUUUCGAAAAUAUCGCCCAUGUUCUGUGGCGCGGAAAAAAGAAAACUGCAGGACGAAAUUGUGGAGCAUGUAAAGAGUUCCAAGCUCAUCAACUAUCCCGUAGACAAAACAUGCAUAAAUUUAUUUCACAUAUCCAAAGAAAUUGACAAGCUCAUCAAUGCGCGAAGUGUAUUUCUAUCAAGAAAUGACCAGAACGGAAGUCACAGCAGUCUACAGAACUGCUUAAAUUUGUAUUACUUCCUAAUCACAUGUGCAAAGUUGAAGAAGAUCACUUUUUUCCACAGGAAAGUUCUUGAAUAUGUGGAGGACAGAAUUGCCACAAGUCUACAAAUCGCGGGGGUUGACAGGGCGCAUGAAAAAUACAUUCCCUAUAGUAUCCACAUAAAAAAUGAGAAAUCGGUUAGCCACUUGGUGGCUGAACUGCAUACAGACUGCGCCGCGUAUUUGAAGAAAAUCAACAGUGUUAAGAUAAGAUACUUAACAAUAGACAGGAACCAAAUAAACAUAGACGAAGAAUGGAAACAGAAACACCAGUGUGCAUUUAACAAGAAGAAGUUAAAAAUACCGAUAAGUAAGCACAACUAUGAAUUUAUUCUAAACGCAGUAACAGAACCGGCGUUGAGGCAAAAAGUGUUGACUCUUCUUAACAGCCCUUAUGAGAAAAAAAGGAGCCUAAAUAAAGAAGUAAUAAAAAUUUUGAAGAAGAGGUAUGAUGUGGCGACAAAGUUGGGUUAUAGAAACUGGGUAGACUAUUCCAUGUCUCAUUUCACAAGUGAGAAAGGCAAGUAUGAAAAAUUAAGGGAUUUCUUUAAUGUAAUAAAAAGGAAGGUGGAUAGGGAUUAUGAUCGUGUGAGCGUUCACAUGGGGAAGUUACUUAGUUCGUCAGGUGUAGGGGGUAAUCAGCCGGGCGAUCGAUAUGGUGCACAUGACGACAGACGCGAAUUGCGACGUGAUAGACUUUCUCCUAUUCGUGAUAAACCCUCCAUGCAAGAGUGGAGCUAUUACUAUAACAAAAGUAUGAACAAAUCAGACGAAUAUUUCGUGAAUACCUUCUUCCCUCACGGGUAUGUGUGGAAGAAUUUCAUGGAAAUAGUUUCCCGUAUUUACAAUUUCUCCUAUGAGGAAGUGCAGGAGAAAAAUGUCACGAAGAAGUGGCCCAAGGGGAGUCUGGUCUAUAAAAUUGAGCGAAGGGGAAGUGUUAACCAUGCCAGCGCUGCCAAUUCACAGGCAAAUGGAAAAUUAGUACGGAGUCCAGUAGGACAGAAUCCGAGAAGGGAAGUUGUCUCCCCCGGUGACACCCUCUUAGGCUAUAUGUAUAUAGUACCUUACAUGGAAAUAAAGAUUAGGGAUUAUUUUAGAGUUCCCUCGAUGAAUUGUUUAUCGAACACAUGUCUAAUAUUCACAGGGCAUGUAGUGCUGGAUUAUAAAUUCAUUGGAACAUUACCAAUAGAAAAGAAGCUGUUUAGUUGUUCAGAAAUUCUAACCCUGUUUCAUGAAUUUGGACAUGCGUAUCAUUUGUUAUUAUUAUCAAGGAAAUAUGGUUUAUAUCAGUUUUCAAACAUGCCAUUAGAUUAUGCGGAAUUUUUUUCUCACAUGAAUGAACACCUGGUGAAUAACUUCAGUGUCUUACAAGCCUUAUCAAAUAAGGCAGAUAAUAAUUCAAAAAUAAAUGAAGAUAUAUUCAAGUCCAUUAAAUUUGACUCUUCUCGUUUGGCAAACAUUUAUACACAUGCAGUGAUAGAUUACGAGAUCCAUAAUUUAAACCCGCAUGAUUUCUUUACCCGCCAUUUGGAUAAUCCUGGGGAAGUUCCAUAUGACCAUUCAUAUGAUCAUGCAUGUGGGGAUAAUUCUUUGGUCCCUUUUUACAACCUCCUGGAAAAUUAUCUUCCGUAUAAAAUUGGAUCCAGUUAUUCCAUACAUUCCACAAGCUUUCCAUAUCAUUUUUCAUGUUAUUAUGCGGGCUCUGUUUUGAGUUACUUGUUAGCGGAAAUGAGAGUCCUCAUGAACAUGUCGACGGGCGACUUGUCCAUGAAGCGGAACAGUUCUCUGGUUUCUUUUCAGAAAAAGUUUUACGGCAUUGUUGCGCAAGAUUUUGUCGGAUCUUCCGGUUGGUCUGGUUCCUCCGUCAUCGACCGCGUGUUGGCCAACAGAGAUUUGCUAGCCUGA